AUCAAUCGCAAUGUAAGGUACAUAAUACAAUUAUAAAUUUUGGGGUUUGUCCAAAUGAAUCACAAAAUAUCAUUUUAAAGUUCAAAUGCGGAAUCCAUUGUGUUAAAAUGGAAGUUGUAUCAAAUAACAUUUCACUACAAUGAUGAAUGUGUGAUGAUAUUGCACAAUGGACACUGUACUUUCAAGUCAAUAACUUAUCAUGGACAACAUUAAACAUUCAUUUUAUCAUCUUUGUCUUAUUUGACUCUUGGUCAAAUAGUAUCAGAUGGCAUAUAUAAGUAAUGAAGAACAUACAUGAUGGACAGGUUCAUCCUACUGACUAUCCUUCAGGUUGUUGCUUUGACGUUUGCAUUUGAACUAAGGUGUCCAGUUUCAGGAGAGUGGCGCCUCCGAGCAAAAACGUUUAAUUGCAGUAGUAGUCAAUAUGUGUGUUUGUUACAUAUUAGAUAUAGAUUAGAGGAUAUAUAUAAGGAGUCCUGUGAUGAACUAGAUUAUAGCAGUAUAGGCAGUAAACUUGUAUUUCAACCGAUUUUCAACCAAGCACAAUGCACCUAUAAACGAUAUCAACCUUUUCUAUUCUCCACCGAUGGCAGUAGUAAUUGUGUGUAUCACAAGUCAUUUUGUAAUGAAGAAGGCCAAUAUGUUUUUAAUAAAGGAAGUUUUAACAAUGACACAACAUGUGGAUGUAACUCUUCAAAAGGAUACAAAUUUAUUAUCAAACCAAGAAACAACUGCUUUUGUAUACCUUCAGAGGAAGACUGUUCCUGUCAUAAAGUAACUUGUAAUGAAAGAGAUCAUCCAUGUCGUCAAGACGGUUCUGUAUUUAUGAAUGCCUCAUGUUUAGAGAUUACAACCAAAGGGUUACCUGAAAGCAACAAAUCAGCACCAUCAGUAAGAGGCAGGAUAAACGUAACACAAUACAAAACAGAAUACGCAAACAAAGGAAUAUCAUAUCAACAGUAUUGUGCCUACGCUACUGUAACUUUACUUAUUAUCAUGAUAAGUACUGUACCAAUAUACGGUGAGUAUCAGGUGAAGAUGAAAUCUAAAAACAAUCGGAAUGAUAUAUUUAUUGUUAAGAGAGAGGCGUAAGAUACCAAAGGAUUUUCAAACUCACCAGAAGAAAAUAAAUUGACAAAGCCAUGACUAAAAAAAAAAUGAAAAACGAUCGAAAGACAAUAAAAGGGUAAAAAAAAUCGCAACAUAGAAAACUGAAGACUGAGAAACACAAACACCAUCAAAACGUAAGGUACUUCGAAAUGGUUAGCAUGUCCUGCACCUCAAGCUACUCAUAUACAAUAUUUUAAUAGUUAUUUCAAGUGAUUAUGCAAGGGAUUAUCCUUUAACGACAUUUUUGUUAACAAUUUCUUUGAAAAAUAUUUUACGUUAUAUUAAAAAGAAAAGUGAAUUAUACUUACAAGCAUCAUACAGAUUAUAAAAAGACAGCAAC